AUGGACCUGCUGUUCGGGCGCCGGAAGACGCCGGAGGAGCUGCUGCGGCAGAACCAGCGGGCGCUGGCCCGUGCCAUGCGGGAGCUCGACCGCGAGCGCCAGAAGCUCGAGGCGCAGGAGAAGAAGAUCAUCGUUGACAUCAAGAAGAUGGCCAAGCAGGGCCAGAUGGAUGCGGUGAAGAUUAUGGCAAAGGAUCUGGUGCGGACGCGGCGCUACGUGAAGAAGUUCAUCACCAUGAGGGCCAACGUCCAGGCCGUGUCCCUCAAGAUCCAGACCCUCAAGUCCAACAACUCCAUGGCCCAGGCCAUGAAGGGCGUCACCAAGGCCAUGGCCACCAUGAACCGGCAGGUAGCUGAAGCUGCCCAGAUCCAGAAGAUCAUGAUGGAGUUUGAGAAGCAGGCGGAGAUCAUGGACAUGAAAGAGGAGCUGAUGAACGAUGCCAUCGAUGACGCUAUGGGGGAUGAAGACGAUGAGGAGGAGAGCGACGCGGUGGUGUCACAGGUGCUGGAUGCUGGACUGAACCUCACCGACGAGCUGGCCACCCUGCCCCCGCCAGGGGGGUCGCUGGCAGCGGGGGAGGGGCGGGCGCCCGAGGCCGCGGCUGCGCUGGCCGAUGCCGACGCCGACCUGGAAGAGCUCAAGAACUUGCGCCGGGACUGACCCCCGACCUCUGACCCCUGACCCCCGACUGGACCCUUCCCCGACACCCUGCGACCCCGAAGUUGAACCCUGCUGCUCUGCGACCCCGGGGUUGACCCCCCCCGCGCCCUACGACCCUGGGGUUGACUUCAGUGACCUGUGACCCCGGAGCUGCCCUGCGGUGACCUCCGACUCCGUGUGACCUGCGCUCACCACCCUGACCCCUGCGAUGACCUUUGACCUUGGCCAACAGUGACCCCGCCGCCCCUGAUCCCUGCGUGGCCUCUUGGUGACUUGUGCCCCUAAGGAUGACCCUUGACCUCUGGCCUUGACCUCUGGUGACCUGUGACCCCCCCUGGGGCUGACCCCCAGUGACCUUUGACCUUGCCCAACCCUUUCUGGGCCGGGGGGGGCAUCUCAGACACACUACAGGACCUCGGCUUCCCCCUGGGGGGAUUUG